AUGUUGGGCUUCAUUGGCAAAGCUAUGAUCUUCACCGAGCAAGCCGCGCUCGAUCCGGGUCGGCUGCAGCUGGCUUGGUUGCUCACCACCAGGAGCCCAUUGCUCAGAUGUUUCCAAGAAGCAUCCUCCGGGGCUCUUCAGCCCUUCAGUCACCUAGCUUUGCCCAGUUGGGUAUCUGCAAACCUGGCAUACAUGAAGGACCUAGAUUACCUCGAGGAUGGCAAGCCUGAGCAAGCCUUCCAAGCCUCGGGGAGAUGCACCGCAGAAGGUGAAAGCGACGCAGCUGGGGACGAGUGCGCGACCACCCGGGCCACGGCUGCCACGCGAAGAUCGGCUUUUUUCCACACUUGGCGACAUCCGAAGUCUCAUUUGGGGCUGAAUGUAGCGGUGAUCAAAAAGGGAACCGGGAAUCUGUGCCUCCGGACCAGGGCCAUGAAUGGAUCCGGCACGAAGGUGGAGUUGACGUGCGAGAACCCGCGGUCGCUGUUGGAAAAGGCCCAGCAGACCUCCGCAGAUCAGUGGGAGCUCAUCCAAACCCUGCUGGAAGCUGUUUGGUGGGUCAAAGGUGAGCUCCAUGAGGUCGCUGACAAACACCACAAGAGCGAGGCGAAGUUCCUGGAACAGGAAGCGCGCAUCGCCGCGCUGGAACAAGCGAUGGCUGCCUUGAGGCUCUCGCAGGCCCCGGCCCCGGCGCCGUCGCCGCCCGCGGCAGCGCAGCCGGUCCCCGCCGUGUCCGCCGGAGAGCCGCCGGCAAAGCCGGUGCCUGCGGCAGCGGUGCCGGCGGCGGCGGUGCCGGCGGCGGCGGUGCCAGCGUUAGCAGCGCUGGUUGGGGAACUCAAGGGUGACGGCAACGCCAGCCAUUCCGAAAGCCAGCACUUCGCCAGCUGCGGCCGGGUGCCGAGUUUUUCCGCGGCCAAGUGCAAUGUGGACCGAAGUCCGACCACGUAUCCGAGCACUGCAAAGGUGGAAGAACCCAAGGAGAGCAGCUCUGAUCCGCUCAUGGAGUCAGACCCCUGGGGUGAGAGGGACCCUGAUCUGGAUGCAAAGGCUGAGCCGGUUGGCAGCAGAACGACCAACAAGGCAGCUAUUGGCUCCAGGCCGAAUGAUUUCAGCCAAGCGAGUCGGACGACCGGUACGUCGAGGUCAAGUGAAGUGAAAACCAAAGCCAUGCCAGUCGGUUUAGCCCAGAGGGCCAAGGCUAAGGCAAAGGCACCCGAUGCAAAUCUGACAGCGAAGUUAAUGGCCAAAGUGGCUGAGAAGAGCCAAAAGGAACUCACCGUUGCAGCUUUGGCGGCCAAGGCUCAAACCCUGAUGGGCGAUGAAGGUGCCUCAUCGCCACCGCCGCCGCCAGCCAAGGCUGCCCCGGUGGAAGCCAAAUCACCCGAGGGCGAAACGGUAGCCAAAGCUGCCAGCCGUCCCCCGGCGAAGGCACCACCUACGGCCCUGAUCAACAAGAUCAAGGAGUCUGAGAGCGGCGAAACAUCCAAACUCGUGGCAAACAGUGACCGGUCCACCGCGAGUGAACUGAAAAGCUCCGAAAGUCCCGGUGGUGGCUCCACUGGCGGGAACGACGUAAGGGGGGGCGCAGAUGGAGUGGGAACGCCCGGUGGGGCAGGGCCGCAGGGAUGGGAUGAAAAAAAGGGAGUCGGUGAUGUCUUACUUUCCCUGGUGAAACCGCCAGACAUGAGGUUCUCCAAAGAAUUCGAGGCAGAGGAGCAGAAAAAGCACCGGAGGGCAUCCCUGGACAAGGCCGAUGAGUCGAAGAAACUGCAAGGAGCCGAUGAGGUCAUCCAGGACAUGACUUUGACCUGGAUCAACAUGUACUUCAAACUCAGUGUGUACACCGAACGCCAGCUCACGGCUGGGUUUCCGAUCAUUGUCCUGUCCAUGAUGGAUGUGAUUUAUCCCAAGAAAGUCCGAUGGCAUCAGGUCAACUGGAAUACUGCCUACAUGAGGGCGCUGAACCAGAAUCAUGCCGUCCUCAACAAGCAUUGGUAUGAGGUCAACAUGAACAAAGUCAAGGACCUUCGCCAGGAGGCCGUUGGGCACAUUGAGGCGACCUUGCAUGCCACUCCAAGGGAGAAGCUGGACUUCUUAAAGCAAGUGAAGCGGUGGUUCGACUGUCGGGUCUUGCACUCCAAUGCCUACAACCCUGUGAAGCGAAGAACCGAGAUGGAAAAACAGAUUCGUCUCACAGGGAGGUGGAUGAAAUUUCCUGUUUGGAUGGAGUUUGAUAAGGAGGAGAUCCAGGCGAACCGUGCGCGGAGACCGGAUCCUAAGGAUCGGAAGUCUGGGAAGAAGGAGGCCACCACGGACUUUGAGAAAAUGCCAGAGUUCCGACGUCUGCUGUGGUUCCUGGGCUCUUCGGAGCACCAGACCAUGCCACUUGGUGAGAUGAGGGUUUCACCGAUGGCGACCGCGGGCUCAACCGGGGCCGGUCGGACCGUUCUUCGGGUAGCGCAACAAAGCAGACGUCGUUUGUUGAUGGGUCUGAAACCAGAUGCUGACGCUCCAGAUGGCGCCGAAAGCUUGUUGACUUCGGCGGUGCCACUACCUUCCAGGAAUGCCAGCUCCAAAAUGCAGGAUCGGAGUGCAAAGGCCAACGCUCCGAUGAUUGCUUCACUCUCCUUUGGUGUUACAUUGCUCGGCAUCCUGGGCAUUGGGCUUUGGAAUCGCGGCUCCUUCCGACGAAUCGAAGACAACGAUGUGGAGAGUUUCUACAAGUUCAAGUUUGGACAGGUCCAAGACAUGUUGCACUGGAAGAGUGGCGUCAUGCAUCUCUGUAAGUUUAGUGAGGAGACAGACCCCCUUGAG